AAUCCUGGGAGUUGGUGAUGUCAGACUAGUUGGGUCAUUUGAAGGUUAGCAGCCCGGGAAGGGUUCACCGAAAGUUCACUCGCAUAUAUUAGGCAAUUCAAUCUUUCAUUCUGUGUGACAGGAGUAGUAGGAAGUGAGCUGUUCAGAGGCAGGAGGGUCUAUUCUUUGCCAAAGGGGGGACCAGCAUUCCCCCUUGCGAGCUGUUUGAGGACUGGGAUGCCGAGGACGCGAGCGAUCCGAGCAGGGUUUGUCUGGGCACCGUCGGGGUAGGAUCCGGAACUCAUUCGGAAGGCUUUCUGCCGGCUUUUGCUUGGAAGGAGAACUUGGGAUCUUUCUGGGAACCCCCCGCCCCUGCUGGAUUGGCCGAGCAAGCCUGGAAAAUGGUAAAUGAUCAUUUGGAUCAAUUACAGGCUUUUAGCUGGCUUGUCUGUCAUAAUUCAUGAUUCUGGGCUGGGAAAAAGACCAACAGCCUACGUGCCAAAAAAGGGGCAGAGUUUGAUGGAGUUGGGUGGACUUUUCUAUGCCAUUUGCCUCUACACCUAGAGGAUAAGCACUUUUGCAGACAUUCGGUGCAGGGGAGAUCAUGUUUGACUGUAUGGAUGUUCUGUCAGUAAGUCCUGGGCAAAUCCUGGAUUUCUACACUGCGAGUCCGUCUUCCUGCAUGCUCCAGGAGAAAGCUCUCAAAGCAUGCUUCAGUGGAUUGACCCAAACCGAAUGGCAGCAUCGGCACACUGCUCAAUCAAUUGAAACACAGAGCACCAGCUCUGAGGAACUUGUCCCAAGCCCUCCGUCUCCACUUCCUCCCCCUCGAGUGUACAAACCCUGCUUCGUCUGCCAGGACAAGUCAUCAGGGUACCACUAUGGGGUCAGCGCCUGUGAGGGGUGUAAGGGGUUUUUCCGCAGAAGUAUUCAGAAGAACAUGAUUUAUACAUGUCACAGAGAUAAGAACUGUGUUAUUAAUAAAGUCACCCGGAAUCGAUGCCAGUACUGUCGACUUCAGAAGUGCUUUGAAGUGGGAAUGUCCAAAGAAUCUGUCAGGAAUGACAGAAACAAGAAAAAGAAGGAGCCUUCAAAACAAGAAUGCACAGAGAGCUACGAGAUGACAGCGGAGCUGGACGACCUCACAGAGAAGAUCCGGAAAGCGCACCAGGAAACCUUCCCCUCGCUGUGCCAGCUGGGGAAAUACACCACGAAUUCCAGUGCUGACCAUCGUGUCCGACUAGACCUGGGCCUCUGGGACAAAUUCAGUGAACUGGCCACCAAGUGCAUUAUCAAGAUUGUGGAGUUUGCUAAACGUCUGCCAGGCUUCACCAGCUUGACCAUUGCAGACCAAAUCACCCUGCUGAAGGCCGCCUGCCUGGACAUCCUGAUUCUUAGAAUUUGUACCAGGUAUACCCCAGAACAAGACACCAUGACCUUUUCAGAUGGCCUUACCCUAAAUCGAACUCAGAUGCACAAUGCUGGAUUUGGUCCUCUGACUGACCUUGUGUUCACCUUUGCCAACCAGCUCCUGCCUUUGGAAAUGGAUGACACAGAAACAGGCCUUCUCAGUGCCAUCUGCUUAAUCUGUGGAGACCGCCAGGACCUUGAGGAACCAACAAAAGUAGAUAAGCUACAAGAACCAUUGCUGGAAGCACUAAAAAUUUAUAUCAGAAAAAGACGACCCAGCAAGCCUCACAUGUUUCCAAAGAUCUUAAUGAAAAUCACAGAUCUCCGUAGCAUCAGUGCUAAAGGUGCAGAACGUGUAAUUACCUUGAAAAUGGAAAUUCCUGGAUCAAUGCCACCUCUCAUUCAGGAAAUGCUGGAGAAUUCCGAAGGACAUGAACCCUUGACCCCAAGUUCAAGUGGGAACACAGCAGAGCACAGUCCCAGCAUCUCACCCAGCUCAGUGGAAAACAGUGGGGUCAGUCAGUCACCACUGGUGCAAUAAGACAUUUUCUAGCUACUUCAGACAUUCCUCAGUACCUUCAGUUCCGGGAUUUAAAAUGCAAGAAAAAACAUUUUUACUGCUGCUUAGUUUUUGGACUGAAAAUACGUUAAAAUUCAAGGAGGACCAAGACAUUUUCAUAUGUAUCUAUCUAUCUAUAUAUAUAUAGAUAUAUAUAGAUAUAUAUACUCUUCACUGUGUAACUUACCUAGAAAUACAAACUUUUCAAAUUCUAAAAAUCAGCCAUUUCAUGCAACCAGAAACUAGUUAAAAGCUUCUGUUUUCCUAUUUGAACAUUCAAGAUUGCAUGGCAAAGACCGAGUCAAAAUGAUUUACCCCAGUUAAGUUUCUGAAGACUUUGUACAUACAGAAGUAUGGCUCCGUUCUUUCUAUACUGUAUGUUUGGUGCUUUCCUUUUGUCUUGCAUACUCAAAAUAACCAAGACACCAAGGUUAUGAAAGACUACUGUACAUGUCCACCUAAGAAAGGUUCAAAAAAAUAAUUGCUGGGCCAGCCCCGUGGCUCACUCAGGAGAGUGUGGCACUGGGAGCACCAAGGCCGCAGG